ACCUGUUUUGAUGGUCACACAGGGAUGAAAAGUCGCUUGAAAAACAGCGAAUCAAAUCGCGAGUAUGAUUACCUAUCACGAUUGCCUUCCACAGAGGAUCGACUGUCUUGUCAAAAUACGGUGAGCGAGGCGGGAGCGACACAAGCACAAGCAGUCAGACUAGCACUGAAUUUAAGAGCCACAUAUUCCAUCAUGUUAAAAUCGAUCACUAAACGUCUCAAGCCGAUGAUAACAGCAAAGCUGAAUGAGGAAUAUCUGGCUAUAUCAAACGAGGCGAACCUUUACUGCUUGAAUUACAUCGAAGCGCGAUUUAAAAGACUCAACAUUGACUCGGGCUUAGAAUUUGUGCGGCCGGAUCACAUUUCGGAAACUUGCACUGCUGUCUCGRUUAAAAUUAUYGAAAUAGGUGAGCUCCUGGAAACAGCGUAUCCUCACUUGUACAACAACGCUUCUAAAAAUCUGCGAGUUCGACUACGAAGUGAAGUGAUCAUUAACGAUGUCUUCAAAACAUUUGGACGKGAGUUGUUUCGCGAUGGUGCGACUUGGGCGAAAGUGRCAGCACUAUUUGCGUUUGCUGCUUCGAUCAGUGAAGAUUGUGUCAUGGGAGGGAGGCAAGAACUUGUCAAGUGUGUUUUGCACUGUGUUCGCAUGUACAUCCAUGACCACUUAGCCGUGUGGAUCAAGAACCAAGGCGGUUGGGGUCAGAUAGUGAUUGACUUCAAGUGCAUUGAAAAGAAGCGUUCCACGUAUUUCUAUCUGAUGCAAACUCUCAAAGUGAACUUGCAAUAUUUGACUAACACUCUAAAACAGACCGCCAACAGUGCCAUUUCAUCUAUUUAUGAUAUUGUAGAAUUGCUGAAUUUUGGCUAAUAAUGUAUCGUGAAAGUUCAUGCAGAGAUAACACAAGAAUACACAGUUUUGACUGAUAAAAGAUUUUGACAUAACUUUCUUGGUCGUGUUUUUCUGCCUGGCUGCAGUCUUGGUUGUAUUGGUUGUAUUGUAUUGUAUUGGUUGUAUUGGGAUGCGGUCACGGAGCGCGCGUGCAGUUUUUGGCGGGAAAACGCUUGGAGGCGGGUGGCAAUGAUAGUCUAAUCUAUAACUGAAAGUCAGGGUACAUCAGGCUAGACUUACCUCAAUCAAGUAUUAUUUACUAUCAUUACCAACCAGGCGGAUAUCUCGGGGUAAAGACUGUUAAACAUURAAAUUGUAUAGUUUAUUGGUUUGAAUAAAGACAUAUAUAUAUUUUGA